GUCAAAAAUAAAUGAUUCAUGUUAUUUCAGCAAGACCUAAUCUCCUACGUGCUGGCACUCCUCACCGACGACGAGGCCUGGUGCGGGUCGUGUGGAUGCAACGCUGUUUUGGGCUCACCGGCGCCACUCCGCGACCUGCAACUCUUCGGGGACCUGGAACUGGCAGUCAUGGCCGCCUCGCGCGAGGAGUAUGACGCACAUGCCAAACUCGUGAGAGCUGAGUACUCGAAGCUCACAAACGAUAAUUACGUAGAGCUUAGGAUUAAGGUUUUAAACCAAUUCACCCAAAUACCAAAACUAUACCACACGCCUGAGUUCGAAUGCUUUGAAGUAGCGGCGAGAGAGAACAUCGAGCGAGAAAUAUGCACACUCAGAGAGCACUUACUCACCGGCCGGAAAGACUAGCCACUGUCCGACUUGACAAAUGACAGACGGUGUUUUGACAGCUGUCAAACUAG